ACCGGGGGCGGCCCUGCAGCACCGAAGCCGGGCCGUGCUGGGGUUUCUGGAGAGCAAACCCCACCAGAGCAGCGCAGCCUCGGCGCGGCUGUCCCUUCAGCAAGGACACCGAGCCGGGCAGGGAGCAGAGAUCUCCCCGCCGCGGGGGCGCCUGCAGGGCCCGGGGGCUGCCGGCGGCGCUGCGGUGACAGCGCUGAGGUAACGGCCGGGGGCCCUCGGUCACGUGACGCCUCCUCCAGCCCGCCCGCGCACUACAGCCCCCAGCACGCCCCGCGCUCCUGGGCGGUGAAAGGCGCCGCUUCCGCCAGCCUCUUGCAUCAUCACCGCGGGCUCUCCCGCUGUUUGAAACCGCGUCCCAUGGUGCUCCGCGCGCUCCCCGCCGAUUGGCCGGGCCGGGGGGGGUGACGCAUCUUUCAAACUGGGCGGCGGGGCGCGCGCUGGCCAGCGGCUGCGGGGCGGGCGGGCGGUUGGCGGAGCCACAGGCACGAGCACGAGGCAGCUGCGCCGCGCUCCGCUCCUCGGCCGCGCCGCGCUUGCGCUGUCCCGGUCCCGGUCCCGCCAUGGCCUCCCUCAGCUUACAGGGCGGCGGCAAGAAGGAGGAGAAGGGCAAGAACAUCCAGGUGGUGGUGCGCUGCAGGCCUUUUAAUGCCUCAGAACGUAAAGCAAGCUCCUAUGCCGUUGUAGACUGUGAUCAAGUACGAAAAGAAGUUAGUGUCCGCACUGGCGGAGUCACAGAUAAGACAUCAAGAAAGACUUACACAUUUGAUAUGGUUUUUGGAGCUCAGGCAAAGCAGAUUGAUGUGUACCGGAGUGUUGUGUGUCCCAUUUUGGAUGAAGUUAUUAUGGGCUAUAACUGCACAGUGUUUGCCUAUGGCCAAACUGGUACUGGUAAGACCUUCACAAUGGAAGGAGAGCGGUCACCCAACGAGGAGUAUACUUGGGAAGAGGAUCCGCUAGCAGGUAUAAUACCCCGUACGUUGCAUCAAAUAUUUGAAAAACUCACAGAGAAUGGCACGGAAUUUUCAGUGAAAGUCUCUCUUUUGGAAAUAUACAAUGAGGAGCUUUUUGAUCUUCUGAAUCCUACUCCCGAUGUUGGAGAAAGACUGCAGAUGUUUGAUGACCCUCGAAACAAGAGAGGUGUAAUUAUUAAAGGCUUGGAAGAAGUAACUGUACACAACAAAAACGAAGUCUAUCAAAUCCUGGAAAGGGGUGCAGCAAAGAGAACAACUGCAGCUACUUACAUGAAUGCAUAUUCUAGCCGCUCCCACUCUGUGUUUUCGAUUACCAUCCAUAUGAAAGAAACCACAGUAGAUGGAGAAGAACUUGUCAAAAUUGGGAAGCUAAACUUGGUUGAUCUUGCAGGAAGUGAAAACAUUGGUCGAUCUGGGGCAGUUGACAAAAGAGCUCGUGAAGCUGGAAAUAUCAACCAGUCUCUCCUGACACUAGGAAGAGUCAUUACUGCUUUAGUAGAAAGAGCCCCACAUAUUCCAUACAGGGAAUCUAAACUUACAAGAAUCCUUCAAGACUCUCUUGGAGGACGAACAAAAACAUCAAUAAUUGCCACUGUUUCUCCUGCAUCCAUAAAUCUUGAGGAAACACUGAGUACGCUGGAAUAUGCUCACAGAGCAAAGAACAUAAUGAACAAGCCGGAAGUUAACCAGAAGCUGACCAAAAAAGCCCUCAUUAAGGAAUAUACUGAGGAGAUCGAGCGUCUGAAACGAGACCUGGCUGCUACACGAGAAAAAAAUGGAGUGUAUAUUUCCCUUGAAAACUUUGAAGCCCUUAAUGGGAAGCUGACUGUUCAGGAAGAACAAAUUGCAGAGUAUAUUGACAAAAUCAGUGUCAUGGAGGAAGAAUUGAAAAGAAGCAUGGAACUGUUCACAGUUAAUAAAAAUGAACUUGAACAGUGUAAAACAGACCUGCAAAUCAAGGAGAAGGAACUUGAAGAAACACAAAGAGAUCUGCAAGAAACCAAGGUUCAUCUGGCUGAAGAAGAAUAUGUGGUUUCAGUUUUGGAAGACACUGAACAAAAACUUCAUGGCACAGCUAGCAAGUUGCUUAGUACUGUUGAAGAAACUACAAAAGAUGUAUCUGGUCUCCAUGCAAAAUUGGACCGUAAGAAGGCAGUUGAUCAGCACAAUGCUAUUGUUCAAAAUACAUUUGCAGGACAAAUGACUGAUUUGUUCAACAAAAUACAAAAUUCAAUUAAUGAGAACAGUUUGAAGCAGCAACAGAUGUUGACAUCUUAUACAAAUUUUAUUGGUGACAUCUUGUCUACCAGUUCUUCAGCAGCUAAUAUUCUAGCAUCAGUUGUAUCAGCAUCUCUUGCCUCUGUUAAAGAAUUAGUGUCUACUGAAGUUUCUUCCAUGUCUGGAAAAAUAUUACAACAUGAGAAUCUGUCACUUAAUUGUAAAGCUGAGCUCCUGAGAUUAAUUGAGGAGCAUACAUCUGGAUUAGGAAAAGCAUUAAAUAGCUUAACACCAAUGGUAGAAUUUGUCCUUGGCCUAAGUUGUCAGUUUCAGACUAAUGUGAAGAAAUAUUCUGCUGUGGCUGACAAGAUGGAAUGUCAUAAAAAAGAAGUGGAUACCUUCUUUGAAGAUCUUUCUCUCACUUUGAAAAAGUUACGAGACGAAAUGACCAGUGUUCUUGCUCAGCUUCAGAAUGAUUGUGAGAAUUUAAAAGAAGAAGUGGAAAUGACAAGAUUGGCACAUAUGAAGAGUACAGCAGAAUUAGUGUCCUCACUGCAAAGCCAGCUUGACCUGUUUGCUCAGGAGACUCAGAAGAACUUAAGUGAUGUACUGGCAAAAAAUCAAAGUAUGAAGACCACCAUCACUGCUGUGCAAGAAGACGUUCACCUGAAAACCACAGACCUAGUCAGCAGUGCAACUUCAAAUCACAGCAAAUUUAUUGCAUCUAUGGAUAACUUCUCUGAAGAGCUCAGGAUAAUAAAUGCUGAAAACAAGAUGAUGCUGGAAGAAUCCACAGACCAUUGUCAACAACUUCUCAGCAGUCUCAAAGAUGUGUCUCAGGAUACUGAUAAAUGGGGUGAACAUGCAGCUGCUCGGAUAAUCAGCUUUACUGAUCAGCAGCUGUUGUCCUUCAGUGAUGAGAAGAAACAGCUUCUGUGUUCACAACAGAAAAACAAAGAAAACUGUGAUAGAGCAGUAGCUGAAAUCGUUGACCGUAUUGAUGGACGAAAGAGUGCUGAUGAGAAGGUACUAAAUGGCCUUCUUGAUCAGAUAAAAGUUGAUCAGGAGAUACUUCUGGAGCAGAAGCUGGCACUUAAUGAGGAAGCACAGCAUGGACUGACUCAGGUUAAUGGUUUCCUGCAAGAGGAACUUAAAGUGGAUAUUCCAACAGGGACAACUCCACAGAGAAGAGACUACUUGUAUCCAGUCAUGCUGGUGCGAACAGAACCCAGGGAACUUCUACUGGAGCAAUUAAGGGAAAAGCAAGCAAAGCUUGAUGCUAUGUUAAACAGUGUGACAAAGGAAAUAAGGGAGAAUGCAGAUCAAGACUUACUGGAAGAGGAGGAAGGGAUGCAAGAAUCCAGUGAAAGCAUUGCUGGCUACAAAUCCUUAGUGGAUAUAAACAUAAGUUGUAACACAAAUGGUGGAAUUCCAUUUUUUCAGCACAAAAGGAGUCACAAAAAGGAUAAAGAGAACAAAUCUGCAGCAACGUUGGAGAAGACCAAAACAGAGGAUUUAACAGAACAGCUUCUUCCCAAAUCUAAGAUUCCUUUAAGAUCAAUGAACUAAGAGAUUUUACUCUUAUAUACAUAUAUAUAUAUUUAUAUACAAAAUCUUUACUGCAGAUCCUGUUUUGGAAUGCUUAACAUCUAAUGGUCCACUGAGCCAUAACUUCUUAGUUUUUCUUGAUCUCUGUAUAUAGUGAAUAUACUGAUGCAAACUUGGAUCAAAAGACUGACCUGACAGAUGUCCUGCCUUUGUCCCAUUUCUGUAUGCAGUAGCUUGUGGAGUAUUAAUAGACUUUUUUUUAAAACAAAUUUUUUUAAACAAAACUUGUAGAUUAUGGUGCUGUAUGUUGAAUGUGGAUUUUUGUAUUGUCAAAUAAGAAAUCCUUUUCUGCUUCUCAGGUUUAAAGCCACAGCAAGGGUUGUGGAAUAAUGCUUUAUUAGCAUUAGCAUCUGCCAAUGUGUUUUAAUUAGCUGUAAAUAAGUGCUCUGUUUCUGUGCCUACCUUACUCUGAUUCCUGUUACCAUGAAGUAGACAGAUGUCUUUGGGAUACUUCAAAUAAAUCAAUUGAUAUAUGGAGCGCAUGUUCUGGCACUAUGCUUCUCUCACUUUCUAGCAUGAGACCAGUCAGCUGUCUUCCUUUGAGAUCUUACUACUCAUUUAUUACUACUCAUUUAUUCUUUCUUUAGCCUUUGUUGGCAAAGCUAGUUUUUUUUUUUCCUUAGCAGGAUCGCAGAAAGAGGGAAAACGUUAAUUCCCUUUCAAAUGAAUGAGACAUCUAUGCUUCCACACAGACUUCCUUGUUUUGUUUUGUUUUUUUUGUGAUGUCUUGGCUACGUGUACUAGCUAAUGUACUAGAUCAUUCCAUUGUGGCAUGAGGCUUGAAACCUCAAAACCUUGAAAGGCUUUUAAAAGACUGCUUUAGCUGUCAAAAUCUUCCCAUCAGCAUGGCUUGGCAUACUGUGGGAUUCUGGCACCAGAAGCAUCAUCAUGGACCUUAGGAGCUAGGUUUUUGCACUAUGACUAUUAUCGUUGACUAGAUUAUAGUAAAAUCUUCCAAGACUGUUCAAUAAAAUACUUAAGAAUUAAACUUCUGGCAGAAGAGCUGAUUGCAUAGCUUUGUGUGAAUGGCCGUUCUCAUUUGGCCUUUAACCUUUCACUCUGCUACUUAGUUUUCCCUAUGGUGUUCAUAGGAUCAGUAUGAACAAAAUGGAACAACCUCUGCUGAAGACAGGUCACAUCCAUGAAAACCAUGCCCACAAUCUGUGCUUCUUGGCUUUAUCUUCUAUGAAACUGUCCCCUCAGCUGUUUGCAUUGCCCUGGUACAGGUGCAGGCUGCUUUCCUAAAUGAUGUAUGAAUCUUAUGGACUCCUUGCUUACUUUUCUCAAACUACCUCUCAUAGUUUUUGUUUUUGUUUUGUUGGUUUUUUUUUUGCAAUACCAGCAUGACAGAUUUCAUCGGGCCUGGUGCCCAGAGGUUACACCAGAAAGCUGAAUAAGAGGAAAGCUUUGGAUGCAAGAACCUCUGCUUCCCUGCCGGCACUUCUUCUCCCACUAGAUGGCUCUAACACUAAAGUGUUAGUUCAAAGCUCAAGCACAGGUCACUAACCAGGGCUUAGGAACAGGUGCUUCGUUAAUUUUUCUGAAAAACAUCUGUUAAAAGUACAGGGUUCUAAAACCAAUAACAAAUUUAUGCUUCAGGGAGGAUAAUUCUGUAUUCAAGCUUGGGCAAGGGCUUGUUUAACGAAGAGCCACAUUUAAGAAAAAAAUGAUCAAACCUGUGCCUUUAGCAAAAAAUAAGCAAAGCUUACUGUAACUAAAUACUUCUCCUGACCUGCUGUUUUAGUUUUUUUUUUUUUGUUGCAUGCACAGUCCCUGAAAUAGGAAGAAAAACCUAUUUGUUUUUGUUUAAGAGAAGAGUUUUUUGGCUUUUUUUUUCUUAUACAUAGUUACUGGAUUCACAAGGUUUAACCCAAACAGAGGAAAUUAGGCUAGUUUAUAGAAUGGUUUCAAUUUGUCUCAUUAGAAAUUAUAAUUCAUAAGAAGAGAAGGAAGCUGUUUCUACAAAACAAACAGCAAGAUAAUAUCCUGGCUCAAUUAGUUGUGCUGAGCAUGAGGGAGAGUUGUGGUGUGACUGGGACUGAGGAAUAUAGCUGUGUUCUAAUGGACCAGCUUUUUUUUUCUGAUUCUAGAUUAGCAGCCAAGUGAGAUAGCUCUUUAUUUACAAAAAAAAAAAAAAAAAAAAAAAAAAGAAGGCAGGUAUGAAUAAUGUGACAUAGUGAAGUGGAAAGAAAAAUAAGAACAUUUUCUAAGUCAAAAAAAGAGCUGUGAUAUGAAGAGAAAGUGGAGGAAAGGAAGCUUCCUGCUUCUUCCUGAAAAUGGGGCAGCUGAGGCACUUGUGUUGGAGUUGUUGGGGGCUGCAAUAAUUAUUUGAAGAGAGGGAAAAACAACUAAGCUGCCUGGUUGCUGUGCUUGGCUGCUUUUAUUUCAAGUAGUAGAAGCACUUCUAUGCAACCAGUGAGGAGAAGGUGCUUAGCUAUUAGGCUCUACCUUUCUUUUUUUCUGUUAAGCAUCAGUCAUCCCAAUAAUCAUCUCUUAAAUGAGUAGAGGAAACAAGAGGGAAGCCUGUAACUCUCUGGGAGUGAUAAAAGAAAAAUUAAAGUUAGAGCUGGAAAAAUAAAACUAAAUACUGAAAUUCAUUUUCCAUCAAGUGUUGGAGGGGAAAAAUGAGCUCUAAUGUUCUAGAGCAUUAAAAAUAGGAG